CCUUUUGUGUCUGUACGGGCCGCCGUACCGAACAGGCGGAAGUGGGGCGCUCCGGGAAGAUGGGGGCAGCCGUGUUCUUCGGCUGUACAUUCGUGGCCUUUGGGCCGGCUCUGUCGCUGUUCAUCUUGACUAUAGCUCGGGAUCCUCUGAGAGUCAUCAUCCUGGUGGCCGGGUCGUUCUUCUGGCUGGUGUCCGUCCUGUUGUCGUCUCUCAUCUGGUUUGUGUCGGUCCAGAUCAGUAACAAGAACGACUCCAGCCUGCAGUACGGGCUGCUGAUAUUUGGCGCGGCGGUCUCUGUCCUCCUGCAGGAGGUGUUCAGAUACGCUUACUACCGGCUGCUUAAGAAAGCCGACGAGGGCCUGGCUACCAUCAGUGAAGAUGGCCGCUCUCCCAUUUCUAUCCAGCAGAUGGCGUACGUGUCCGGCUUCUCUUUCGGGAUAAUCAGCGGAGUGUUUUCGGUGAUCAAUAUCCUGGCAGAUGCGGUGGGGCCGGGCAUCGUCGGCGUGCACGGAGAUUCCCAGUAUUACUUUCUUACGUCAGCGUUCCUGACCAUGGCGAUCGUGUUCCUGCACACGUUCUGGGGCAUUGUGUUCUUUGCUGCCUGCGAGAAGAAGCAGCCGCUGCACAUCGUGGGGGUAGUGCUCAGCCACCUCGUCACGUCUGGGCUGACGUUCCUGAACCCGUGGUAUGAGGCCAGCCUGAUUCCAAUAUACAUCAUUACCUUGGGCAUGGGCAUCUGGGCUUUCCUGGCAGCCGGGGGCAACUAUCACAAUAUCCGCAAAUGCCUCACGUGCAGACGGCAAGACAGUAACCAGGUUAUGGUCUAUUCUGCUCUUCAGGUGCCCAGUGAGGACUGAGGGUCAGCUCAGCUGCCGUGCAGCCAUGAACAGUUAUUGCGACCGAGACGCCAUCAAAGUGCUCCUCAAUCCCAGAAGCCGGCAAACCCUUUUCUAUACCUCCCCGGAUGAAAAGGACAUUUCUCUCCUGGUUCUUCUUAGUUGUUUUUCCUCCUCUGGUUCCGCCCGUCCUAUGCGCCGGCACUGGGCCAACUCAGGCUGCAUGGAGCAAUCUGGAAUUGCUCCUGCGUUAAACCAGUACAA